GCACAUAAAGCUCUGGCGACAGCAGGAGGCUGUGUUGUUUCGCCCACGGUCUAGCUGGAAGCUGGAAGCCCGAGCCCAGACAUGGAGCAGAAAGUGGUGCUGAUCACGGGCUGCUCCUCAGGGAUAGGCCUGGCCCUGGCCGUCCGGAUUGCCAAGGAUGAGAAGAAGAGGUUCAUGGUGUACGCCACCAUGAGGAACCUCAAGAAAGCCGACGACCUGAUAGAGGCCGCAGGGAAGACGUUGGGCAGGACGCUGGAGAUCAAGCAGCUGGACGUGUGUGACGAGAAGUCCAUCAAGGCCUGUGUGGACAGCAUUCCCAACCGGAGGAUUGACAUUCUCGUCAGCAACGCCGGGAUGGGUCUGAUCGGGCCCAUCGAGUGUCAGACGAUGGAGGAGAUGAAGGCUGUGAUGGACACGAACUUUUUUGGCCUGGUCCGGCUCCUGCAGGAGAUCCUGCCCGACAUGAAGAGGAGAAAGAGCGGCCACAUUGUUGUGAUCAGCAGUGUGAUGGGGAUUCAAGGCAUAUUGUUCAACGACAUUUAUGCUGCAUCCAAAUUUGCUGUGGAGGGAUUCUGUGAGAGUCUGGCUGUUCAGGCCCUGAGGUUUAACCUGAACAUCAGCCUUAUCGAACCAGGCCCUGUGAUCACAGAAUUCGAGCGCAAAGUUUACGAGGAAGGCCUAAAGACAGACCUCACCAAAGCGGACAAAGUGACCGCAGACAUGUUCACCAACAUCUACAUGAAGAACUACAAACAGAUCUUCGAGAGCCUGGGCCAGUCUCCAGAAGAUAUAGCAGAGCACACGCUCAAGAUCAUCAACGCAGGGACCCCACCCUUCCGCCACCAGACCAACACCCUCUACACGCCCAUGACCACCCUCAAGUACGCCGACCCCAGUGGCGACCUGCCCAUCGACACCUUCUACAAGAUGGUGUUCGAGCACGACAAGGUCUUCAACGCCAGCCUGAACUUCAUCAAGCUGCUGCGCUGGAGGAGUCGCAAGAGCUUCUCGCUGGGGAAGCCCCAGUCCUAGAGCCGCGGGCAUGCCCCUGCGCCGCCGCCGCCGCCCCCUGCAGCUGCUCUCCGGAAGGACGGCCUCGCCCGCGCCCAGCCUCUCUAGCCCCCCCUCGCCAGGAUGCAAGCCUGCUCAGGAGACUUCGAGUCCAGGGCUGUCCCGCCCCGAAGGCGGGACAAGCGUGUGGAUGAGUCUAGAGCAAAGGCCCGCGUGGUGCAUCUUUAAAAAAAACAACUGAUUUUCAGACCUGAGUUUUUCCUCGGCGCGCUAAUGCUUCAUUCUGUAGAGGUAUUUUAAUAGCCUGAGCUGGAGAGCGUGGAAGAUCGAGUCUGAAACAAGUACAGUCCAGUCUGGUGCUGUGUGUGCUUGACGCCAUUUCCCUUUCAUCUGUUUUUUGGUGUUGAAUGGUGAAUGGUGUGCUGCCUUGAAUGGUCACUGUUUGUCGCUUCUGCUUGUCUGUUGUUAUAUUAUCACCUACAGUAAUAACCCACUCUGCCAGCAAGGGCAGUCGAAUGAGAGGAACUGGCGCAGAGGGACUUGGAGUGUUGGGCAGCAUUGAAUGGGCUCUCCGUCUCUCCUAGAGAAAAGGCACCAGAACGGUGUUCAUAAAGUCUGAGUCUCGUUCUCGUAGUAAAAAACCCCAUGGAUAACAGGUACAAAAGGUUACAUUCCAAUGCAAUAAAACAACAAAAUGCAAAUUGUAUAUGCUUCCUAAACUGUGUAAACGGAUAGAGAUGAGAUGUGGUUCUAUUUAGAGAAACUCUUCCUGUUAAUGGAGUGUUAAUAAAGGUUGUCAGAGUCCAA